CCACAGAUGACAGAUCACCAGACCACCGCGCCGAACAACUCUCACCGGAACGCAGCAAAUUCCCCAGCCUUCCCUCGACCCAGAUCCGCAAAAUGGCCCGCACGAAGCAGACCGCGCGCAAGUCGACCGGCGGCAAGGCCCCGCGGAAGCAGCUGGCGACCAAGGCGGCGCGCAAGUCGGCGCCGGCGACCGGCGGCGUGAAGAAGCCCCACCGCUUCCGCCCCGGCACCGUCGCGCUCCGCGAGAUCCGCAAGUACCAGAAGAGCACCGAGCUGCUCAUCCGCAAGCUGCCCUUCCAGCGCCUCGUCCGGGAGAUCGCGCAGGACUUCAAGACCGACCUCCGCUUCCAGAGCUCCGCCGUGUCCGCCCUGCAGGAGGCCGCCGAGGCCUACCUCGUGGGGCUCUUCGAGGACACCAACCUCUGCGCCAUCCACGCCAAGCGUGUCACCAUCAUGACCAAGGACAUCCAGCUCGCCCGCCGCAUCCGCGGGGAGCGCGCGUAGGCGCCCUCUCGCUCCUGCUUGAUCUCUUCAUGCCUCAUCGUGCCAUGAUCUAGCCGUGCUGUAGUUUUUAGUAUGUGCAAUGGAUGUAUGAAUGAAAAGUAUGCAUAUCUGUUUA